CUUGCUGUUGACUUGUCAUGACUCGCCUCAGGAAAAGUUGCUCAAUGUUAAUGUUUGACAAGUAGGAAGAAGAAGGGCCUUGACUGCUCUGUAUCUGCGUCUUAAGAGAACAGAACACAGCCAGACUCUCUCAGUUCUCCUUCUAUUCAUGAGUUUGUCUGUUGCUUUGUGAAGGAAUUAGUUUCAAAUCAGAGGAAGGAAGGGAGGAAGAAAGAAACACACAAUGGAGGUGCUGGUGCUGAUCGACUUCGAGGGCACCAUGGGAGACGAGAUCACAAUAAGGGCAGGAGAUGUGGUCAAGAAAGUAACCAAGGCUGGCGAGGAGGGCUGGCUGGAGGGGGAGCUGCGAGGAAAGAGAGGCAUCUUCCCUGCAAACUUUGUCAAGGAAGUGCCAGUCUAUUUGAUGGGUGACAGCAAGAGGGAACCGCGAAGCAUUAGAAAAACAAAGAGGAUAAAACAGACGAGAAGAUGUGAGGUACUCUUCGCCUACCACGCUCUAAAUGAUGAUGAGCUGGAGCUUGUAGUCGGUGAAACUCUUGAGAUCAUCAAAGAGAUUGAAGAUGGAUGGUGGAUGGGAGUGAAAAACGGCAAAGUCGGAGCGUUUCCUUCCAAUUUUGUCAAAGAAAUCUUUGUUUCUCCCAAAGACGGCAAGCACAGUGAGGGCAAGACAAGACCCAAACUGACAGACGCAGUGUUCUGUAAGGAGAUGUCUCAAAAAGCAAGUCUGAGGAAAAAAGACAAGAAAGCGGUGGAGUAUUGCCAAGUCAUGUUUGACUACAAGGCUAAAGCGGAGGACGAGCUGGAGCUGAAAAAGGGAGACAUUGUUGUGAUACUGAGGAAGGAAACAGAAGAUGAAGGCUGGUUUGAGGGCGAGCUGAACGGACGCUGUGGCCUCUUUCCUGAUAACUUUGUCAUGGUGAUACCGCCAGUGGACAGUCUACAAUCUGGGACCACGAGCCAACCGCCUGCACGCAACAUCAACAAGAGACUCUCAGUGAAGGCCGAGGCAACACCAAUGGAGAAAGGUGGUCCAGCAAAGAUGAACGAUGAUAAACCAGAAGUUAAGGACCUGAGAAGCAAUCCUCCAACCAAAGUCAAGCUGCCAUCAUUCAACAAGCCAAGUCCGCCUCCUGUCAAAGACAAACCUAACAAGGUUUCACCCAAUAGAACCAAUGGUGACGCGGCUCCUUCACCAAAACAAGCUGAGGAGAAAGAAAGUGAACAGUUUGAUGGAGUGGAUGUGGAGACGGAAAAGCUGAGCCAUCCUACAGCAAACAGAGCCAAACCCCCUCAGAGGCGACCGCCAUCAGGCCAAGUCACAACAACUGUCACUGACCAGACAGAACCAGAACAACUUUCAAAGAGGUUCCAGCCAGAGAUUUUACCUGGCUUGAAAAAGGGUACCGAAAAUCUCCUGCCAUCACCUCCAAAGCCUGAGCCUCAACCCAAGACGCCGCCUCCUGCUCGACCAUUACCACCCAAAGUAGUUGUGGAGGGCCGUGCUGUGGGCCCGAAAGAAAAGCCGACAUUGGAAAGCCUGCAGGCUGAGAUCAAAGAGCUGAGAAUGGCUCUGGAGCUGCUACAGACACGACACGCGCACGACAUACAGGAAGUGAAACAGGAACUGCAGAGAGAGAGAAACAAGCAACUGGCACUGCAGGAGGAAGUGCACAGUUUGAGGAUGAAGCAAUAACCAACACACACACACACACACACACUGUGACUGAGGAGGCUGUCUGACACUGUGUGGACAUUGCAGGCCCUCAAACUGCAGAUUCAGACAUUUGUUGUGCCACAGAGUGGAGAGGAAGAGGACGAGUGGACUCUUCUACUGCAGACACACAAACCACGGUUACAUCACAAAGUACAGUUGAAGUUAAGAUCAAACGACUCCUCUUGCACUGGGCUGGACAAUCUGAGAGCCUCUGAAAACGAUGUACAGCACUGUUUAACUGUUUUUCAGCAUAUCUGAAUGCUGGAAAUGACAAAUACUGGGUUAUGCUUAGUAGCAAAUUAAUGUUUUACAUUGUGUUAUUUUAUCUGACAGCCUUCAGGUAGUUUUUUUCUUCUUUUUUUUUACUAACAUUUACAUUAUGACUCAGCAGAAUGUGUAAUAUAUGCAAAUGUAAAUAGGAGGAAAUAGUGUAAGUGAAAGAUUUAAAAGAUACAUUUAUAUCAUCAAAAUGAGCACUGUUAUGUGAAUGUUAGCACCUCAACUGUCAAAGCAAAUGGACUGACAUGCAGGUGAAUCGCUACAUGUGAAUGUACUGCUGUAUUAAUCCACUGGGGGGCACUAUACGACCAUUCGGAAGUGUUGUCAGUGAAUGCUGGAUGACUGGGGAUGCACUGGUGGAAGUAAAUUUACCUUAGAAAAGAAAUAAAUACAUUAAGAGUGAGCGUCAA